GGACCCUUGGCCCGCGCCUUCCUCGCUUCCCCCGGAUGCUCCUUCCUUCCUGUCUACGUAGUAAGCUCGUGCUAGCUUGCCGGCAUGCUCUCUCUCUUUUCUUCUCCUUCUUCUCCACAUCCAUCAUCAUCUAUCUGCUUCACGCCCGCGCCUCAGCAGCAGUCAAUCACCACUCAUCGUUUCAGAUGCUCCGGGCUGACCAUCCUGUUUGAUCUGACCAGCUAUCUGCCUUGUACCCUCUUUCCCUUUUUAUUUACCGCCCUAGUCCCU